UAGCCUCUUUAAACCACCUCCAACAGAGCACGUCUUUCCUCUCGGAGACUCUCUAUCUUCAGACAGCGGCUGUCCGUCUGUUUCGGGUUAUUUUAAGUGUCAUAACAGCAUGUACCGCUCUCUGUACGCCUUCAGAUCCGCGGAGCCCAACUCGCUGCACUUCGCGGCCGGAGAAAGCUUUCUAAUCCUGGAGAGGAGCAACAAACACUGGUGGCUGGGGUCCCGCUGCAGCUCGGGGGAAACCGGCUACAUCCCCGCUUCAUACAUCGAAAAAAUCCAGGCUCCAGAGCAGGAUGAGGUGUUGCAGUCUAUCGACAGAGCGAUCGAGGGCAUCCACAAUGUAGCCUUAAAAAACGGAGGCAAAUACAAUCUGGAGCAGCGAGAUGUUCUACAGAAGCUGAUCCAUCACAGAAAGGAGACACUUGUGCGACGGAGUUCCUCUUCCUCUGGUCACAAACAAGGCCUCCCAUCAUCCAGUAGUGACAUAUCUCUCAGUCAGACCCCCCCUCCACCCAAUGGCCUUAACCGAGACUAUGGACGACAGGGAAGCGUGCCAAUAUCAGGAAGCAUGGACAAUAUGCAAGCAGAACCAGGGUUUUAUCAGGUGCCUCCUCAGCCUCGACGUGCGGCUCCGAUCACACCUCCUCCACCUGAGAAACAGCGCAACAGCCGGCGUCCAGAGCCGGGUGUCCCCUCCAGAGUGUCCUCUCUUCCUCCGUCCCCCGGCCCCUCCCUCUCUAUCAGCACCACCUCCUUAGAAUCAGGCUCCUCCCACUCACCAGUCUCCUCUGACGUCAGUCUGCCAAGUGUUUCCAGCACCCCCCCUCCCCCCGUGCCAUCUCGUGUGAAGCCCACUGCACUGCCCCAAGACGGGGUGCUCUCUGAAUCCCCUCCUCAAACAGCUCCUGGCAAAAAGGGCCCGGCUCCACUGCCUCCACAGCUCCACACCCCCACUUUACAGCUCGCUAUAGAGGAGCAGCCGGAGAGUGAUUGGCCCAUUGCCCCCCCUUCUGUUGCUGAAAGCCCUCCUGGCAGCCCCACUACCUCCGAGCCAGUUCCCAUGACUAUUGGGGCCGAAUUGAUUGAGCUGGUACGGAAGAACACAGGCUUGAGUUAUGGGCUGUCACGGGUCGCCGUGGGUGUGGUGGUCGGCCAUCUGCAGACCGCCUUACCUCAAGCCUCCUCUGCGUUGGAGCAAGUUCUCCUCUCGCUGGUGGAGAGCAAGGAUUUGGGAGGAGCGUUGCCGCAGGGGCAGGUGUGUCAUGAUGAACAGCGCCUGGAGGUGAUCUUCAGCGACCUUGUCCGUCACCGUGACGACUCCCAGCAACGGAGUUGGGCGCUUCACGAAGACCAGGCUCUCAUUUCCUGCUAUCUGGAGGAGCUGCUGAAGAUACUGACUGAUGCUGAUCCAGAGGUGUGCAAGAGGAUGUGCAGGGCCAACGACUGUGACAAUGUGCUUUCUCUGGUUUCAUAUUAUCAGAUGGAGCAUCGUGUGUCAUUGCGGCUGCCGCUGCUCAAGGUGUUCGGGGCGAUGUGCAGCCUGGAUGCUGCUCUCAUCUCCACCCUCCUCAACUCCAUCCUCACCAUGGAGCUGGCCAGAGAUUUACAGACUGACACACAAGAGCACCAGAAGAUGUGUUACACAGCUUUGGUACUUACUAUGAUAUUCUCAAUGGGCGAACAGGUGCCAUACCAUCACUAUGAACACUUGAAUGCUGACUUUGUUCAGUUCCUGCUGGGUGUGGUGGAGGACGGACUUCCAUCUGAUACCACUGAGCAGCUGCCUGACAUCUUCCUGAACCUCCUGCUGGCCUUUAACUUGCACCACACAGCACCCACUAACAACGUCAUCAUGGAGGAGCUGAAGAAGAAAAAUGUCAAAAAUCUGUCGGAGAAAGUUCUGUUGCUUCUGAACAGAGGCGACGACCCUGUGUGUAUGUUCAAACACACCCCGCCUGCACCGCACUCAGUGCUCAAGUUUCUGCAGGAUGUUUUCGCUGGCAAAGAGACCGCUGAUAUCUUCUACCGCACUGACAUGAUGGUGAUGAUUGACAUUGCUGUUCGGCAAAUAUCUGACCUUUCACCUGGCGACAAGGUGCGGAUGGAGUAUCUCUCCCUUAUGCACUCCAUAAUGCGCUCGACGGACUACCUGGAGCACCAGCACCGGCUCUCUGACCUGCAGGGGGCCCUGCAGAGGAUUCUCAGGGAGGAGGAUGAUGCAGGAGAGGAUGAAGGGAGUGCCACAGCAAAACAGAUGGAUAAGCUAAUUGUACAGCAGAUCUACAAGGAGUUCCCACAGAUCUGUGAGAAACAAGAAUAACCAUAUCAGUAUCAUGCUCACACACUGUAGUCUGCUCCCUUCGACUGCAGGGAGGUACAGUAAAGCUCAAAAAGAGGAGGAACUGACAUUUUACAGGGUGCCCUGUAUUCUGUGCCAGCCUACGCUGAAAGAAGCAAAUCAGUUUUGCCAGUAUUUUCUUGGACUCUGUGGCUGCAGAAUGCAUGUGAUAUUAUUUUUUUUAUUUUAAAGAGAUCUCAGCUUUUCCCUUCUCAAAUUAUAUUUCCAUUUGAAAAAGGAGUGGAAAGUUCUUUGGUGUGUGUUUUUAAGAAGGGAAAAAAAUAUGACAAAUGCACAAAAAAAUUGCCAGGUUUAGUCAUACCAGGAGGAAACAGCCAAAAUAGAGGCCAAGAGGUGGUGCUGUUCUCACAGUGAAUUCUUAGCAAU